AUCUAAGGACAGAACGCUAAGCAUGGAUCGCCAGACGCGAAAAGCGAACUUCAAGAACUUGCAGCAAGAAUCCAAAAAGCUUCGCUCGACGCGCAGCAGCAAGGCAGCCUCUAAUACAUCCACACUAUCCUCCUACUUUGCUACACCCCCCGAAAGAGUCGACACUGAGAAUGAUACAGAAGCACCAGCCGAGGCUGUGGUGUCUUCUCCGGAACCCAGAAUUAGGCCAAUACGCAAUAGCAAUGUCUUUGAACCGCCUGGUCCAAAGCCCAAGAAGGCGCCCAAGCUGAAGGGCAGCAGCACGAGUGCUCCGCGCCGGGGACGCGGUCGCAGCAAGCAGCAGCCCAGCAUUAGUAAUUUCCUGCGGAAUGAGCAGAUCUUCUCCGAGGUGACUGCCCAGCACUGCAUGGCGGAUAACUUCAGUCCAGAUGAUAUUGAAAUGGCGCUGGCGCUAUCCAAAUCAGAGGCUGAGAAGCAUGGCCACCUGCGUUUAAAUGACGAUGACGACGCCCCCGUCGAUGUGGUUGGAGACAAUGCAGGAGCAGCGACGGAGAAUGUUCGACGUAAGCUCCAGAAAUACGGCUUUCGCACUGCCGCUAAAGAAGACUACAAGAGUUUGGCGGUACUGCCCGGCGUGUCCGGCAGGGGCAGUCGUCGCUGCAAAUGGGCCAACAAGUUUACUUCCCUCACGCUGCGUAACCCCGAGCAGCAGCAAAAGAAGCUGGAGAGCAAGGUGUCUGCUUUUUUGGCUCAGCAAGUGCGAACUAAAAAUCUAAGUGCUGAAGAGCGUUUAAUGCCGCCUUAUAAGCUGAUUAGUUGCAUACUCCGAGAACUAAAAGCCGACAGCAAGUCUGCCAUUGUACAUGAGCCCAGUGAGGGUCCUGUUGCCGAUAUAGGAAUCUACUUCGUAUCCAACUUGAUUGAAGUAAGCCACACGCCCGCCCAUCAUUUGCUCAAGGAUUGGGCUGCCAUACAGGGUCGUGACUUGUCCCCAGAGCGGACCACCAUGAAAACCCGACAACAGAUAAAGCAAAUGGAAAUCGCCUACAAUGAGCUGGAAAGGCAUUUUACUAACCAGCAGGCACUGAAUGAUGAACUAGAUGAACUGGAGAAGCUGGUGGUGGAGAACAUGAUCGAAGAGGAAGACCCCAAGCUGUGUGACAUUCAAGCGGAGGUCUCCUCCACUAGUAGCAGUCCAUUGAAGGAGCCGCCAGAUAAGCGUGCCAAAAUGGCCAAAGAUGGCACAGAAGACCUUAAGCCCAGUACCUCGUCCAACAUAAGUAUUCCCACACAAUUAACGCGCUGUACGUCACCCGAUCUGUUUGCCGACUCUGAUGAUGAGUCAGUGGAGGGCUUUUCUUUGAAGGUUUAUAAGAAUAUAACCACAAGUGAAAGUGCGAGUACAGGGACAGAAGUGCAGAGGUCACCCAUCACUGAACCAGCCGCUUCCUCAGAAGUCUACUCUAUUUCAAGCGAUGAAGUAAAGACUGUAACUGACACCACGCCUGAGCAGAUGGGUACUAAAGAGAAAUCCAAUGGUAGCUUUAUUGAUCUGACACAAGAACAUUCCAAUCCAGAAUUCGAUGACCCAAAUGCAUAUCAAUGCACGGAUAUUCUGACCCUUAGUCAAGUAUUUGAAUCGGGCCUCGAUGUAGACAAUCUGAACUGCAGUCUGGCUAUGGAUUCAAGUUGCCAAAAGUUGCCUUCAAAAGAGGAUGAUAAACUUGCACUGAGUGCCACAGACAAAGACUCGGAGAAUUCAUCUUUCCACGUGGAUAUAGUCACAACUCCAAAUGAUACCAAUCCAAGUGGCAGCUUUAGUGAUCUGAACUUUUCGAGAAACUCAUUGCGAAGGAGCGUUAGCCUGUCCACAGAUAACAGCUUCAAGAGUCCCUUAAACUGGCAAAUGGACUCAUCUUCUGAGAAGCCUGCACUGUCUGCUCCUUCGCCCUUCAGAAUACACUCGGAUGCAAGCAUUGAUCUGACCCAAAACGAUGAAAGCGAUGAAGACAAUGAUGUGAUUAUGCUUUCCGAUGAGGAGAUCAAUUACUCAAUGUGGAAGGCCAACAAAACGGGAAAAGUUAAAGACUGGCAGAAUGAGAGCUCCGACAGUAGUGGAUUAUCACCUGUAGCCAAAAAACGAUCCGUAGCCUACUUUAAGACUGAAGAAGACUUGGAUGCCUUUCUAAUGGCUUCGCCUACAAUCUCGAAUAAGUCGCAAAACUCACGCUCGCCCAAUAAGAGUGCUCUCAGCAAGGAACGAGCCGAAUUUGGGAUCCUUGAUGCGGCACUCUCCGAGCCCUUUACACUCUCACAAAUGCUGAGCCCCGCCAAAGAAGAAAUACCAGAAUCGCACAGCGAUAUUAACUGGUCAGAUGCAUCAUUCCUUGAAGCUCCCAUGAAGCCUUUGUCGCGCAUGAGUAGCCAUAAAUUCACUGAUUUACUUGUCUCGAAGCCCGAAGAAUUGCUGGAUGAUGAAUUUGAUGAUUUUGAUCAGUUAGUUUUUCCAAACUGCAAGAAGUCAACUAUGGAGGCGUCCACAGAUGCGAUGCCAAGCGGUCUAGAUCGUCUGUUGAUGGGUGAAAUCAGAAUGCCAACUAUGCCGGAACUUACAACGCCCAAAAAGGCAUCAUCAACCGUGCCUGAUUGUCUGUUAGUGGGUGAAAGCAGAAUGUCAACGUUGCCAGAGAUUACAACGCCCAAGAAGCCAUCAUCUACAGUGUCUGAUCAGUUGGAGGUGAAUGGAAAUGUGUACACCGUUCGUGCUUGUCAUACUCCCAAGCCCGAUUUCACACUACUGCCAGAGUCAGAGAUCCUCCAGCAGUUGUACAACUAUGGAAUCAAGCCGCUGAAGCGAAAGCAGGCCGUAAAAAUGCUUGAAUUUAUUUACAAUCAAACUCAUCCCAUUUUGCAGCCCUUGGAGUCAGGGUUGUUGUCUCAAAGACAGGUGGCCCCUAUGCCCCGAUCCAAGUCCACUCCCGUAAUGUCGGAUCAACCUCGCUCCCGACCGAUAGAUUCAGCCAACAAUGACGCCUGUCUGACGCCCACUGAGCCUAUAUUGGAUUUCAAAUUCAACACCAAUGCCUCUGGAAAUGAUCUGCUACGCUUCUCUCAGUCUGUGCCGCCAAGCCUCAGCGACGAUUUUGAGUGCUAUGUCCUGCAGACGAAUGUGACAAAGAAGACAGCACAGCCGCUAAUGCCGCUUCACAUAGCCUGGCACAAUCUGCUGUGUGCCAAUCCCAAACUUCAUGAAAGUGUGCUCAUGUACGAGCCCAUCGAUCUGCAGGAAAUCUACUUGCAUUUGAAGCAAAUGGGUCAUCGGUAUGAGCCCAAGGACUUGAAGUGCUUCUUUGAUCGUCGCUGCAUCAUAUUUCGAUAUGAGCUGACUGCUCCUGCCAAGCAAGCAGAGCGACAUGUGAGAAAGAAACCAAGAAAGCCGACGACCAAAAGGUCAUAGCUUUUAGCUUAGCUCCGCCCUGUGCCAAUUCAUUUGAUUCCAUUGUACUUAUUCCUAACACAUUUUGCAUCAUAUUAAUUACGUUUAUAAUUAAUUAAUAAUUGACACUUUGUUAAUUGGCGCCCGUUGCCCGUUGAAAUUAUGCUCUGUACAAUUUAUAAAUGUCAAGUAUAUCUGUGGCAGCCAUCGGUUGGUUGCAAAUGCACACGGAUUUAUGAGACUACUACUCAUGUUCUUUUUUUUAGUCAUUCCUAUGGACUGAAUCCGAAUAAUAAUCAUAUCUUACGGAAAUGUAAAAUGGAGCUUUAUUUGAUUUCUGUACUGUACCAUAAUGGGUUGGGUUUACAAAAUAAGAACGAAAUACAAAUGUAUAGAGUUUGCGUUAGACAAAUAAACGAAUCAAAAUGGAGGAUUACAUUAAAUGCAGAUUCUGUAAACUUCUCGAAAAGGGGUAAAUACAUUAAAUUUUAAUUACAUAUUGGAUCUUACAAUACUAGAAGACACUUGGAC